UGUUUACAUUUGCUGCAGUAUAAGUUGGUGUUGUACAGGCCAUGUAGAAGGGAGAGGAAAACCACAGUGGCAACAGUCUGAUUUACUUUAGACAAGUUAAAGAUGGGCAAAUUGACUGCUGUCGCUGUGUUACUGGCCGCUGUGCUCUUCAUUGGAAUAGCCAGUGUUGAUGGAAAAAUUUCUACCCUGAAGGCUGCAAGUCCAAAAACACCCACGAGCACAAAAAGUCGGAACAAUCUGCAGAGACAGCAGUCCGUGCUCAGACUUUCAGCUGCAAACAUAGACUUUGCCUUACGCCUUUACAGACAAAUUGCCGCUCAACCAAGUUCCGUCUCCAAGAAUAUUUUCUUCUCACCAAUAAGUGUCUCUGCUGCUCUGAGUAUGUUGUCUCUGGGCGCAAGGGUUAACACACGAGAUCAACUUCUGCAGGUCCUUGGGUACGGUAAUAUGACACAAAAUGAUGCAGCAGACGUGCAUGAAGCAUUCAAAUACCUCUUGCAAGACCUAACCGCUGAGAAUGGCGAACUGCAGUUGAAGCUGGGAAACUCGCUCCACAUCCAGCAGGGACUAACUCUUCAAAAGAAAUUCCACGAUGACACAACACAAUUCUACAAUGCAGAGGUGAUGAACGUUGAUUUCAGAAAAAUUGACAAAGCAAAAAAGAUUAUCAACGCUUACGUGAGAAAACGAACAAAGGGCAAAAUUCUGGAAUUAAUUAAAACUCUGGAUCCAGGCACCACAAUGGUACUUCUCAAUUAUGUCAUGUUCAAAGGUAAAUGGGUGAGACCCUUCGACCCCCUGAACACAUACGAAGCUGACUUUCACGUCGAUGAUACAACAACAGUUAAAGUUCAAAUGAUGAAAGGCAAAGGAAGAUACGCAAUGAAUUACGAUGACAAACUGUCCAGUUCCGUGAUUCUGGUUCCUUACAAAGGAAAUGUUUCCUUGGUACUAAUACUACCAGAUCCGGGGAAACUGGCUGGGGUUGAACAGAAUCUGACCAUUACCAAUUUUCAAAACUUUGCUAUUUUCCUUAAGGAUUGGAUGGUGCACGAGGCAGUGCUGGACAUUGAUGAGAAAGGAACAGAUGCUGCAGCAGUUACAACUGGUGUUUUAAUGCCAAUGUCAAGGGCUCCACAGUUUAAGUUUGACCGGCCCUUCUUACUAUUAAUUGCUGACCACAACACUAAGAGCGUCCUGUUCAAAAUGGAGAAGCUGAUUGCUUUUGUUCUGCUGUUGGUCACUGUGCCCUACAGUGGAUUAGUCACUGGGGAAUCUUCAUCAUCCAACGUACGUGAUCCAAAUACGCAUUUGGCCAUGAUGAAAUCUGCAGAUGCAAAUGUAAAUUUUGCAAUGAAGCUCUUCAGACAGAUUGCCAAUCAACCGGGAACAGCGACCAAGAAUAUUUUCUUCUCUCCUCUAAGCAUCGCUGCUGCCCUAAGCAUGUUGGCUUUGGGUGCCAGGCAGAACACUCUAACUGAGUUUAUGCAGGUCCUUGGGUACAGCAAGAUGGAAAGGAACGGAGAGUCAGCAGUCAGGGAGUUGUUCCAAUAUCUUCUGGAAGAUCUAACCAGUGGAAAUAGUACACUAAAAAUGGGGAACUCCCUGCAUAUUCAGCAGGGUCUAAAUGUGAAAAGAAUGUUCCUUCAAGAAAGCAAGCAAUUUUAUAAUGCAGAUACAUUGAAUAUUAAUUUCCGAGAACCACAGAAUGCAAAGGAACAGAUUAACACCUAUGUGAAAAAUAAAACAAGUGGCAAAAUUCCAGAAUUUGUUAAAGAGUCCCUUCCUAGAGACACAGUGAUGCUGCUUCUCAACUAUGUCUUGUUCAAAGGCAACUGGUUGAAGCCUUUUGACCCCAGCCAGACUUAUGAAGAUGAUUUUCAUGCAGGUGACGGAACAACGGUGAAAGUUCAAAUGAUGAGGAGGAUGGGAAUGUUUGAGAGCAUUUAUGCUGAUUUUUUAUCUAGUAAUGUAAUUAAAGUUCCAUAUCAAGAAAAUACUUCCCUGGUGCUGAUUCUACCAGACCCUGGGAAAUUAACAGAGUUGGGAGAAAAAAUGACUAUCAACAAUUUUCUGCCCCUGUUAUAUCGAUUGCACUGGAGUUCUGCAGAACUGCAUCUCCCAAAACUAUCACUGAGGACAUCGUACCAGCUCAAUAACCCACUGACGGCCAUGGGUCUUGAGGAUGCAUUUACUAACCGUGCAAACUUCUCUGGAAUAUCUGAAACUCCAUUGAAAGUAUCAAAGGUGGUUCACGAGGCUGUACUGGAUAUCGAUGAAACAGGAACAGAAGCUUCUGCAGUUACAGGAGUUGAAAUGAUGCCAAUGUCGAUGCCCUUACAGUAUAAAUUUAACAGACCUUUUUUGUUCCUAAUUGUUGAUCACACUGUCAGGAUUGUCCUCUUUGCUGGGAGAGUGAUGAACCCCAACACUUGACCAGUCUCCAUCCACACUGUCCCAAAAACUGAUGUCUCUGGGUGAAAACUGAUUCAGUCACUUCUAAAAACCACAGCUAACAUUUAAAUAUUGAGAGUUGACAGACUUAAUUUAGUUUGUAAGUUUGCUUUGUAAUAGGUUAAUAUGUCAGAUAUCGACUGUUUGUCAGUGCGGGCAAGUUAGGCCAACAGGCCUGCUUUCAUGCUGUCUUACUCUAACACUAUUAAGUGAUUUCAAGCAAAGAAACCUCUUUAAAGAUGUCCCAGCUCACCGUACUUACUUCAAAUAUAGAGACAUGUAUUGUCAAGUUUUGCCUAAUAAAUAAUUAAUCCAAGAAUCAAAAAGUCAA